AUCUCUAACAUAAUUUAUCGGCAGCGCAACAAAAAACUGUUGUUUUUAUUUUACUUAUAUUAAAAUCCUUCGAAAGGAAAAAGCAAGUCAUGGCAACGGAAAUCACAACUAAAGCGCGAUUGGAAAGACUAAUGGCCGCGAAGGUGGACCUGGAGGCACAGAUUAAUAAAAAUGGACAAAUAUUGGCCGCGAACGACAAUGUUGGCAUGACUGGUUCACUUGUUGAUGCUGAAGGAUUUCCUCGGAACGACAUCGAUAUCUAUCAAGUGCGCCAGGCGCGUCAGACCAUUAUCUGUUUGCAAAAUGAUCACAAGGAAUUGAUGAAUCAAAUACAAACCCUGCUCAAUCAAUACCAUGCUGAGAUAGCUACCACAGAUCCCGAGCUGGUGAAUCGGGCAUCAGCCUUGGAGCUGAACAGUGGGCGAGAAGGCGGCGGAGCACUCAUAAUGCCACCGAAUACACGCCCAUUAGUUGUCGUCAAUCUUGUAAGCCCCAACUCGCCAGCCGAGGAAGCGGGCUUGCGUGUGGGCGACAAAAUCAUGCGUUUUGGCUCCAUCAACGAAAAUAACUUUAAGAAUAGCCUAGCACAAAUUGGAGAAGUUGUGCGCGACAUGCAGAAUCAAAACGUGCAGCUAAAGAUCAAACGUGGCGAACAGUUUCUGGAUCUGAUACUUGUGCCCAAGGCAUGGAGCGGUCGGGGUCUGCUCGGCUGCAACAUUGUGCUGCCACCGGAGCCCAUGGAAUAUUAGAUCUUAUUUAUAUAAUUUGUAGUGCUCAUUUUUUAUUUUACAUUUUAUUGCGUGUAAUGUUUGGCAAUGUAAUUUAAUUUAAUUCCCUUAAAACAUUGAAGUUGAUUUGGUGGCCUGAAUUUGCGAAGCAUCAAUAUGUCAUUUCAAUGCUGGCCUUAAUGCAUUGAAAUGACAGUUUGCAACGGCUGCUGACUAACUAUGCCAAGCCAUGACACCAAAAUAUCUGAGGCGCAUAGGUCCAGGGGUUUGGCACUGAGCCUGAAAGUACAUCAAUUCAAAUGCGCGCCACUUUGCUAAGCUUUCGCAAGUUGGCAGCCCCAGCUUGCGCCUGCCUACUCAGCGUCGGCAUGGGAUGCUCAACCCUAAUACCCACAAAGGAUCCAGCAGCCUGUCAGUUUGUGCGCCGUUGCCGUGCCAGUUGAGAAUUACAAUCGAAUGUGCGUGCAUUGCGAACGGGAAAACGAGCCAACGACAAACGAAAUGAGAUGAAAUUAUUGUAGUGAAAAUUUGUGUAAUUAAUAUAUUAGAAGCUAAGCGAAUGACAAAUUAAAAGAUGUGCAUGCAGAAUUCCUAAAA